CUGCUGUGGCGCCGUGACCGGAGAUGCUGCGACCGGUCGUGCUUUGGCGCUUAAAGCGGCUCCGGGGCCCGGUGGUCUCCGCAGGGAGCGGUGGUCGCAGGGAGGUAGCGUCCGGUGUCCCUCCUUCGGGCAGCACCUCGCCCAGAGCCCUAAACAUCUUCGACAGGGAAUUGAAGAGGAAGCAGAAAAACUGGGCAGCCCGACAGCCUGAGCCCAUGAAAUUUGACUACCUGAAGGAGGAGGUUGGCAGUCGGAUUGCAGACCGUGUGUAUGACAUAGCCAGAGAUUUUCCCCUUGCACUGGAUGUGGGAUGUGGAAGAGGCUACAUAGCACAACAUUUAAAUAAGGAGAUUGUGGGAAAGAUUUUCCAAACAGACAUUGCAGAACAUGCUCUGAAAAAUUCCUCAGAAACAGAUAUACCUACUGUGAAUAUUUUAGCUGAUGAAGAAUUCCUUCCCUUUCAAGAAAACACAUUUGACCUGGUGGUUAGCAGCUUAAGUUUGCACUGGGUGAAUGACCUUCCUAGAGCACUUGAACAGAUUCAUUAUGUCUUAAAACCAGAUGGGGUGUUUGUUGGCGCGAUGUUUGGCGGUGACACGCUCUAUGAACUUCGGUGUUCAUUACAGUUAGCAGAAACAGAACGAGAAGGAGGCUUUUCCCCACACAUUUCUCCCUUCACUGCUGUCAAUGACCUAGGACAUCUGCUUGGGAGAGCUGGUUUCAAUACCCUGACUGUGGAUACUGAUGAAAUUCAAGUUAACUAUCCUGGAAUGUUUGAAUUGAUGGAAGACUUAAAAGGUAUGGGUGAGAGCAACUGUUCUUGGAACAGAAAAGCCCUGCUGCACCGAGACACGAUGCUGGCAGCUGCGGCGGUUUACAGAGAAAUGUACAGAAAUGAGGAUGGCUCCAUACCUGCCACUUACCAAAUCUACCACAUGAUAGGAUGGAAAUACCAUGACUCUCAGGCAAGGCCAGCUGAAAGAGGCUCUGCAACUGUGUCAUUUGGAGAACUAGCAAAACUAAAUGAUGUCAUGUCACAGGGAAAAAAAGAAUAAAUAAUUUAUUCAAUUAUAAUGAAUUUUAGAAUUUUCAUCAGAAAUGAAUAACUUUCACAUCUAAAUUAUUGCAGUUUGAAGCAAGAAGCAAUGUAUUAAACUAUUUCCUAGCAACCUAAUACUGAUCCAUACUUAGUAACUAUUCCAGGUUCUCAUUGUUUCUAUUUAUGUGAGGAUGUUGUUACCUAGUGUUUCAGGCAUCUUUGCAGUUUCAGCCUGAAAGCAAAGGAAAUAUUUUCCUGUGGCGGAGGGGAGGGGGUGGCUUGAGGUAAAGCUAGAAAUAUGUGCAUUUGAUAGAAAAACAUUACUCAUACUAGCAUUCUGUACCUUUCUGCCUUCUGGUCUUUUGUUAUCUCUGUGGGCGGAUCACAACUCUGAAGGUGAGAGGAGGGGCAAAUUGCUAGGUUCUGGAGAGUUCUUGUGCAGUGCAAUGAAAGCACUUUUCAUAGUGACUGCCGUAGACACUGAGGCCAAAAUUAUUUCUUACACUUCUUUUUGUUUAUUUGAUUUUGGAGACUGGUCUUACUGUGUAACCUUAGCUGGGAUGGAACUCACUAUGUAGACUAGGCUGGACUCAAACGCCUUUAGUGUUCAGAUUACAGGCAUGCUCUACCACAUGUAGGUGCUUGUCACACGUUUGUCUUGUCUAGAUGGCCAGAGGAUUCUGCACAUUCUACAAAGCUACUAUAUGAUUAUGGAUUUUGAAAGAACAUCUCUUUACCAGAUCCACCUCCUUUGCUGAGUGUGUUAUUUUUGUUGCUGUUAGUUUUGAUGUUUUUAAGGUUUUAAAGUUUUAUUUUAUGUGUAUAUGUAUUUUGCCUGCAUGUUUGUACCAUGUGUAUGCUUGGUACCUUCAGAGACCAGAAGAGGGCGUUGGAUCUCCUGGAACAAUGUUAAGGGUGAUUGUGAGCCAGCACAUGAGUGCUCGGAACCAAACCUGGAUCCUCUGCAAGAGCAGCCAGUGCUCUAAACAUUGAGCCGUCUCCUCAGCUCCUCCUCUCUUAUAAGAGCAACUGAAUUCUGCUUCUUUUUUUUACUUCUGUGAUCUAGGUAGGAUCACCAUGAUUUCUACACUACUUUAUCUUAAGAGAAGGAACAUUUUGAAGAAUUGCAACGGCAAAAUCUCAUGUAAACAUCCUGGUGUAGUGAUGCAAAAAGCUGUUUACAGUGAAGCUUUCCUUGUUAAUUUUAGAUCCGUUGCUAUCCUAAUCCAAGUCCACUGUCUCAUCAUCUCAGGGUCAGAAAAUUCAGGGCUUUGUGUUGGAGCUUUUGGUCUCUAACUACCGCCCCCGUUUAGGGAGUUUGUGGAGCCUUAGGAGAUGGGGCCUACGUAGAGGAAGUGGAUGAUAGGGGCCGCGUGUGUGUUUGUGCAUGCACACGUGCAUGUGGAGCUGGAGUUACAAGUGGUUGUGAGCAGCCACAUGAGUGCUGGGAACAGAACCUAGGCCCUCUAUAAGAGUAAUAAGUACUCUUAACCACUAAGCCAGCUUUCCAGCCUAAAAUAAACAUUUUUUAAAAAUUUAUUAUUUACACUUAUUUAUUUAUUCUUUUGUGUUGAAGGGGGCCACACCUGUUGUAGUCAGAAGACAACUUGCAGGAGUUCGUUCUUUUUAACAUAUGGGUUUCUGGGAUCCAACUAAGGUUGUCAGGCUUGGUGCAAACACUUUACCUACUGAGCCAUCUCUCUAGCUUUGAAGUAAACAUUUUUAUUUUUUUGAUCCCCUUUCAAAACAUUUUCAUCCACUACUAGGUGGAAACACCAUUAAUAAAGACUAUUAUUGUAUAUGUGUAUUAUAUAUAUAUAUAUAUACACAUUGUAUAUGCAUUGUAUAUACAUAUUGCAGACAUGUUACAAUUUUUAUUCUGAUUAUGUAGUUCUUAGGUGGGGAUAGAAUAGUAAAUAUUAUUUUGCCUUAGAUUGGCCUCUUUCUAGGAAAGAAAGAAAUAGGAGUACACAUCUGAGGGUGGGGUAGAUAUUUGGUGUGGGAGAGAGAAAAAAGGAAGGAGAAGAAAAUAGUGCAUUGGGCCCUGGUGCAUUAUAGCAAAUAAAAAGCUAAUGCUCUUGCUAGCUGGUGGUUUUACAUUGCUACACAUAUAGCAUGGAGCAUGAAGACAUGGAGCUUCAGUUUCCUCCCUGAGUACCCUGAAUCUGAGACAUUGAACGAAUAAAGACAUUCAGGGGGUAUUGAAAGGCAUUGCUCUUUCCCGUCUCUCCUCAAUCACUCACUUGAGGCAAGCCAGCUGUUGAAUUUCCAAAGUGAAAUGGGAGAAUUUGUGAAAACUGACUUUGAAAAUUCAGUGAACUAUGAGUACAUUCAUGGACUCUUUAGUUGGUUCCCUUUUGAUUGUCUGUUGAGUUGCUGACAGCUUCUUAUUAAGAUGGCGCGAUGGUACCCCACACUUAAUAGGCUGUUAAAGGAACAGAGUGUAUGGAAAUAGUAUGGGUUUUCUUUUUAACGAAAUAAAAUAAGACAAAACUACUGUAUGUGCUUUUUAAAACCCAGAUUUGAUCAUGCUCUGUGAGCCUGCUCUACCCUCCCAUUAAGAUUUUUGUAGUUGUGUGUAUAUUGUGUAAACAU